AUGCUUGUGGGCUGGUCGACGUUUCAGAGCCAGUUUAUGCUUGUUACCAAUGUAAUUACAUGGUCCAUCAGAGCUGCAUCUCCUUACCACGCGUUAUCAACAUUACACGUCAUCCCCAUCGACUCUCUUACACACCGUACCUACCACAAGAUACUUCACCAUGUCGGAUAUGCUACAAGACGGAGCGAGCUUGAAUGGGAACCGGAAGAGACCAUCAAGAAUGAAGAUAUUGAGCCGUUCCAAAAAGUUGGUGUGGAUUUGAUUAAGUAUUUUUGUCAUGAACACAAUCUAAAGCUCCACAAGUAUGAUAGGGUUAGAGAUUCAGAUAAGCAGUGUCAGGCUUGCAUCUUCUUUAUUGACUCUCGUGAUUUCUACACUUGUACGCAAUGCGAUGAUUUCGUUCUCCAUGAAGUAUGUGCCAAUCUUCCUCGGAAACUAGAGCAUGCAUCGCAUCACCACCCUCUUUUCCUAAAUCCAUAUCCACUAAAAGACGAGUACAAGAGACGUUGUUCGACUUGUUCCCAACAGUUUAGCGGUUUUCAGUAUAAAUGCUCUAGACAUGAUUGCCACAAUGGGAAUUUCAAGGUCGAUAUCCGAUGCGUUUUGGUUCCCGAUUGUUUCACUCAUAAAUGUCAUGAACAUCCACUAUUCAUCAACACAUGCUUUAGGAAUGAGGUGUGCUACAAACAUGAUGAACAUCCUCUCUUUCUUUGCUAUGGAGAAGACGUGGAUGAUGACAUGUAUUGGUGCGAGACUUGUGAGAAGAGAAUAGACUCUAAGAAAUGGUUCUACACAUGCACACAGUGCUGCGUUACCAUCCACACUGGAUGCAUAUUGGGCUCAUCUAGUUAUAUGAAGUAUGGCUAUACAUUCCUUGAUGGUCUAAGAGUCUGGAAGUUGUUCGUAAUAGUAGUAACACUCGACCGAUUUGCCGUAAGUGUGACAAACGUUGCCCUGAUGCCGUGUACUACAAGCUGA